GAUGGGAGAUCUCGGUGUACCCGGUUACCACAGAAUCUCCUUCGUCCCAUUCACUUAACUCAUAAGCCUAAGUUUCUGUGAUAUGAUGGGCAGCGUUCCUCUGUCAUAGCCCUGCCUUCGUUUGACAGUUCGAGCCCAGAUAACUACUGAAGCAUUUCACAAUGAAAUAUUCAAUCAGAGUGACAAAGAGAAAGUAAAGUCGGCUCUCUGUCAUCUGAAGAUCAUGACUUUGACCCUACGGCUGAAAUGUUGGUACAUGAUUAUGAUGAUGAGAGAACUCUUGAAGAGGAAGAAAUGAAGGAGGACGGCAAAAACUUUAGCUCUGAAAUUGAAGACUUAGAAAGGGAAGGAAACAUGCCUCUGGAAGACUUAUUAGCAAUUUACGUCUAUGAGCCUGCGGAUCCAGUGAUGGCCGUGUCAAGUGCCGGCAGUUCUCCCAGUGAACUCGCUGAUGAGCUGCCAGACAUGACACUGGAUAAAGAGGAAAUUGCUAAGGACCUUUUGUCAGGUGAUGAUGAAGAAACGCAAUCUUCUGCCGACGACUUGACGCCUUCUGUCAUUUCACAUGAAACAUCAGACUUUUUUCCACGCCCCCUAAGAUCGAACACCGCAUGGGAAGGAGAUAGGGAGUACGAGAGUGAGGAUUUGGAAAUGGAAUUUGGAAAUUCUUCAGAAGACUUAAGAAAGGAAAUAAUGAUUGGCCCACAGCAUCAGGCAGAAAUCCCACUAUUCCAGGGACACUACAUGGCAGAUCUGUCCGCAUAUGAGCACCAGGAUCAGUUAGUCUGGAGCCCAGAUGUACUUCCAGAGAGCAGAGUGGAAGAUUUUCUAUUGGAAACUAUGAGAGUUGACGACAAAAGGUUUAUGGAGCGAGUUCCACAUGGGAUGAUUAUAAAGGAUGAUGAACAGGCUCUGCAUGAACUCUUCAAGUGCCAGUACAACGUCAGAGAGGCAAUAGAGAGGUUCUGCAGUAGAAGGAUAUUACACGAUGAGAUUAAGCCUUGGACGGAGGAGGAAUGUAGAAAUUUUGAACAUGCACUUGUAAUACAUGGGAAGGAUUUUCAUCUAAUACAAAAAAAUAAGGUGAGAAGCCGGACAGUGGCAGAAUGUGUAGCGUUCUAUUACAUCUGGAAGAAAUCUGAGCGAUACGAUGACUUUGCCCAACAGACGAGGUUUGGAAAGAAAAGAUAUCACCAUCACCCCGGAGUAACGGAUUACAUGGACCGUAUGGUAGAUGAAGCCGAAGGACUUGGAGGAGCCGAAAAUCAAUCAGCCUUAACCUGCCAAAGCAGGACAGAUUCCAUCCCUGAUUCCCAGCUUAAUUUAUUGAACUCUAUAACUGCUAAUGACCUGACAGCGCUUACUAACAGUGUAGCCACCGUAUGCAAUAAUACAGACGUGAACUGUUUGAACGAUAAUUUCCCAGCUUUGGACACAUUAUCCCGGGUCCCAGGAAAUCACGUGCCUGUCGGAACAGAAGACAUGCUCAACCUGCCCAGCAAUGGGGAAAGUGAUUGUUUUAACUUAUUUGAGACCGGAUUUUAUCCUUCUGAGCUUAACCCUGUGAGCUUAUGCCAUGAGGAAGCCGAGCGGCCAGCCAAAAGGAUAAAAAUGGGGAUCUCCGUCCCAGAAUCCUUUAUCAGUGAUGUCUCUGUAAAUAACCUUGGUGUGGACUUUGAAAACCAUACGCACCACAUUACCAGUGCCAAAAUGGCUGUAUCUGUGGCAGACUUUAGCAGUCUAUCUGCAAACGAAACAAAUAGUUUUAUAAGUUCGCACACACUACACCAUACUGCUCUGCAGUCGGAGUAAUUCCACCUCCAGCCCCCCACAGACAUUGGGGGCACAGUUGCUGAAAAUCUGAUCAUAAACUUCGGGUUUGCUUAGUCUUUCACUGGAAGUUUGAACUUUUUUGCUAUGACAUCAGUGAUGUCUUUGUAUGUAAAGAACUAUAUCUUGAUUUUUGUCAAGAAAAUUAACUUCAUUUUGGUCCAUUAAUGUGGAAAGAGACAUUGUUCAGCAGAGUUGGGAACUCAGAUUACGUUCUGGGGAAGCAGCUUCAGGCUUAACUUCUAUUUUUGUUAAAAAUCUGUAGAUAACUGGGUCUCCAUCCCCAAAUUAUUUCAACCAGCACAGGUUCUGGAUCGUUCAAAUUGGCAUCUCCUGGCCUAAGCAGUGCAGUGUAGAAACCAAUGUUUACAGGUACCCAUCUGACCCCUGCUUAAUGUAGCAUUUUAUUUUUAUUUCUUUUACCGUUUUAUUUUUUAAGCAGGGCUAGGAUGCUCUAAUUAGAACUGACUGCACAAAUCGCCCAUCAUCAUUAUUAUUAUUAUUAUUUUAAAACACCAUCUCACAAGAGAUGCAAAAGAAGAGCACUUGCGCUUAAACUCCACCAAUAUCUGGCUCACAGGGACAGUAUGCGCUUCGGUUCUAGAAGCCAUGUACUCUGCGGCUAACAUGACGAUCUAAUACAGCCAGAGUGGAUCUGUGUACGUUAGCAGAAUGUGUUUCCUUUUUGUGGUAUUGCCUUUUUGAUUAGGGGGGUAACACUUGUCUACAGCUUUUUAAAGAUUGUAAAAUAAAUUUACACAUUAAUCUGUGUAUCUUAAACGUUCCUAAGAAAGCGAAUAAUGUCCAAGCUUUAGGUGGUGAACUUUGUUCUACAAACUUUGUGUUUCAGCAUAGUCUGGGUAGAGGGAGAAUGUACUGUAAGAGGCACUUGACGUGCCCCUUCUCUGUAGUAAGACGCAGAGCCAUUCAAUGCUAACUUUUUAAACUGUGGUCCAAGAUGCCCUGAGUUAAUGUCCUUAUUUCACAGGGUUAUCACUUAUGACUCAAUCCCCCUGUGUAGGCUACUAAAUGGGCCAAAGCUUUCCAAUACUCCCCUCUGCAUCCAAUAAGCUGCUCUGAUUGUGUGUUCUCGCUUUGCAGAGUUAUUGCAGAUGUGACCAUUUAAAGAUGGGGGGAAAAAAUUAAUUGCACAUAUCUGCUUGUGCUUCCUCUGCCAAAGAGUCCUUCAAGUCACUGUUCACUUUGCCUUUCUACCCUGUCUUCUGUCCGCCACUGAGCGCUACAGUACAUCUCCGCCGCUGCUCAGAACAAGCGCUAACAAAGCUUCUCCUGCUUGCGUCACACGUGAUGCUGCCAUACUACCGUACAGAGACGUACAUUCACCUUUCAUUCAAUACAAGUGUGAGGAGUUGUGCGGAAAACGUAGAUUAUAGGUAGAAUGGAGAGGGUGGGAUAUUUAUUAAGCUUACUGUGAACUGUUCAGCCAAGCGGCUUGUGCGACUGCUUGUCGCACAUUUUGAAGGAUAAAACGUUUUACACUGCUAAAAUAAAUGGAUAGUUUAUUCUGUACCUUGACCAUAUUCAGUAUGCAGUUGAACAGUCAUUAUUGAUACGUUUUGCAUAGCAGUCCCUGGCUUUUUGUUGGUAGUUUUUAUUUUAUAUAUCCAAGAUGCAUUUGCUACUACAAGCUGGGAUGACGCAUCUCUUCGCUUUACACAGUCAUCAUCUUAUGUACUAAAAGAUCAUGAAUCCCCCACCCUGAAAUGGGUUUGCAGUGCCCUAUAAAACACCUCCCAUAAACAUGCCCGAACGCUUCAAUCUGUUGCACUUUUUUUAAUGAUCAUUCUAAAUAGCAAAUGCAGUAAUAUUCAGUUUAUCUAUGCAUUGCUGGAGACUCAGUAUACAAAUGAGGAGACACUCUAGAGUUUAUUGCCCAUCCUUUUGGUUGUUAGUAAACUUGUACAGACACUUUUAGUCAUUUAACAAAAACAAAAAAAACGUAUGUAAAAGUUUAUUUUUGACCAAAUAUUUUUUCCUUCUUUCUGAUUCAAUAAUAAGAGUUAAGCUGGCAAGUUGUGCUUUUGCAAUGCUGUUUUACUGUAGCCUAUAAUUCUAUCAUUUCUGUCCGAGCCUGCAAAGCUUUUAACCUUUUUGUUUGUUUGUUUGUUUGUUUGUUUUGGUUUCCCCUCAUUGCUAAUUGUGUGGGCAAGAGAGUGUUUGGAUACUGUGAGCUAGCACUAAAUAUUUACCUCUAAUUCUCAUUAUGAGGCAAUAAUUGCAAGACUUUUGUAAAUACCUGUACAUUUUCUUACCUUGGAUAUCUAUUUCUGUAAUAUUGUUUUCAGAUUUCCUGCAGUGUAUAGUAACAUUUUUGUGCAUGCAUAAUGUGACAUAAUGUGUACCACUAUUAACUUUACCCAUGUAAAAUAGCUAUUUAUUGUUCCUUUUUGUUUUUCCUUUUAUGUUUGUACUCUUAAAGCCAGACUUUCUGUUAAGAUGUCACUCUAGGUAUUAACCCCUGAGCUGCCACAAGGUUCCUGUAGCGCAGUGUAUAUAUUAAGAGGUAUGUUUACGGACUGUACUCUUCCUGAUGAAGCACAGUAUGGUUGGCCUGUGUGGCAAGCUCAUGGGUGCCUAGAAUUGCAUUGUUUUAAAGUGUGUAGCUGGGGCCUAAACUGACUGGAGACAGCAAUUUUUGGGACCAAACCAAAAUUCAUGCUAAUGCGGACUCUACACUGGGAAUCGGUGACACAGAGGGUGAUGUACAGAUUUGUUCCCACUCAUUCAUACUUCAUUCGUGGGAGUGUGCACCCCAUACAAUCCUAUGGAUCGCGGGUGUAUAUGCAGUGAUUGGUUGCUAUGUGCAAUUUGUCCACUUACUCUCUAGAAGGCUUAAUACAGCUCCCCCACAGUGAACUGAGAGAGAACAUUGGUUUGCGGAACAUAAUUGCCACCCCCAUUCUGUGUAGGCCACACAUACGCAUUAAUAUGGGCAUGACGAGUCCUGCAAACGUGAAGAAUCUAUCUUGCCUUUUUGAAUUUAAAAGUUUAAGCACAAUUUUUCUAGGAAACCGAUAAAUUCUUUGUUUUUGCAGCAAUUUAUUUCAUGCAGACAAAACCAAAAAUAUCCAUAUAUAUAUUUUUUUAACAGAGUGUCUGUGAAUCUCUGUUCCAUGAGGCAGUGUAACGGGCCGUGUUCUAGCAAUACUGCAAGCAGGUAAUGCAUCAAUUUAAAUGGCAGUCGCCGACUGCUGAGAGAAUCAGUGGUGUUAAUUGUGUUUCCCUACUAGAGGCAAGUGUGUGCCGCACACUGACCAUUUAUUUUUGACCGUUGCUUUUUUUUAUAUUUUGAGUACUAGAGCCACAAGACUGAGCGAGAACCUAUAUUCGGGAAAGGUGCAGUCUCCUUCAGCCAAAUACCAGAUGUUUGUCUCACCAUUAACUCUUUAAUAACUGGGGUCGAAGAGUUGUGAUCCAUGGUAACCAAAUAGUAGCUUCCACUAAGUCGGUGCCAGUUGCUCGUAGUCAGUAUUUAUAAAGGGACAACACUACAGCUCUGUACGAUUUGGUAACUAUAUUGUUACCGCAAGUUACAACCCAUUCCUGCCAUUCCAUCAUUGACAAUGAGACUCCAAUGCAUGACUGCUUCAUAUCAAUUGCUAAUUGGUGGCCAAGGGGAGUUAGAAACAAAAAACCCAGAAACAGUUUCUAUGAAAUUACCAAUGUCGCUCAUGGGUGCAAAUCUGCAAGAAAGCUACAGUAGCAAAUUGGCAAGUAGCCGCUAUACGUCUGGUACAAAUUAGACGGUGAAGUUCGGUGUCCGCUUUGUUUUCUUGCAGAUUUGCUCCUUUAAGUAAUGGGGUCCAUACAUCUAGGCUGUAUAGGGGCAUAUGCCCCGGGGUCGGGUGGAUAAGAGAAAUACAUGUUGGAUUUUCCCAGACUCACCGAUCCUGACCCAAUAAUGGUCUGGAUCAGCAAGUUGGAUAUUUUUAACAUAGUUUUUCACUGUUCCACUGAAAGAUUGGCAAUCAGUGUCUGCCGCUCAGUAAAUCGGAUCUCUGAUUGGCAGAAGGGAGAAUCGGGGGCGUAGAUGUAUGGCCCACAUAACAUUCGUAAGCACCACUGUCAUGCUACAAGUUGCCAUUUUGGAACAUGUCCAAUUGUAAAAACCAAAUGGAUUGUCAGCAUAUAACCACAGUGCUUUGGGUCUCUUUUUUUGUUUGGACAUAAAGUACAACCAUAUUUAGCGUACCGAUGCAAAAUGUAGGCAGCCAUUUUGUGUGCUGAACCAAUAACAAUGCAGCACAUUAUUAGUUCAGUUACUAGUUCCUAGUGACUAUUGGUUCAGCUUCUGAAAUGGCUGCCUCCGUCGUGUUUAGGGAUGUGCUACUCUUAGGACUGCACCUUUUAUUUUUAAAGUCUAUUAACUAGCAUGCUUCUAUAUUUCACUUUAAAACUAUUUUUCCCCUCGUACAUUUUUGUUAUGUGAAUGUUUGUUUUUUAUUAUAUUUUUUUUGUUUUGUUAUGGCUGAAUUUACUUGAAGGGUGUACAAAAAUGUUCUAAGUAAGUACUAUAGUGUGUACAAUUAGGUCCACAGUUGUGCAGUGUUAUUUUCCUUGGCAUAUUGGCAAACCUAAAAAUGAAGGACCCUUGGUAACAUCCUGGUACUUUAUGUCAGUUGUUCAACAAAGUAAUUGGGAGCAUUUAUACGGCGCCUGGUAAGCCUGUGUUACACCUCCUACAAGCAAUGAGAAAUUCUAUUUUUUUUCCUAAGAUCUGAAAAAUCAUACGCCUCUAAUUGAAUUAUAGGUGUCUGUUCAUGCGUUCAACUGUAUAAAUAUUCGUAUUGUAUCACCAGUUUUUAUUUCCAGCUUCAACAGAAAAUUACCCGUAUAGCCCUAAGGAACAGUGGGUGACAAUCAGAACAACAUUUGGUAUCAGAGGCUUGAGGAGGUCACUAUUCGUAAUAUUUUUGUACAUAAACGCUGACUUUUAUUUUAUUUUUAACAUUAUUUUGUAUUUUUGUUGUACUUAAAUAUCUGGUGUACAGUUCCAGAAAUAAAAGUCUGGAAAUCUUA